CUUAGUAAAAUAGGUCAUUAGAUAAAACUUGUUAAUGUAUUUAUGAGCAGUCCUACCUAAUACACUGCAUAUUUUCAAAGGAAUAUUAUGUUUUAUAGAAUAGGGGUAAUCGUAUUUUGUCUGAUAUUAAGAGAUAUAUCAUGUGAGAAAAAUGAUACAUGCAAGGGCGGAAAAUGCUCGAAGUCGUUAACAGUACCACUUUUGGACCAUUUAAACGCACCUCUUGUUGCUAAUUUGGAUAUUUCACAGUUUAACAAACAGCUAACGGUGCACAUAUCAGAACUGAUCAAACAAGGGGUGGAACAGGCAAAGAAAGAUAUAGAUGAAAGAAUGCAAGAAUUCGUCAACAUGUUUGAAGACGAUAAAGUAAACGAAAGUUUAGUUAUGCAUAACAGAAUUGAAAACAUAAGCAAAGAUAUAGACAAAAUGAAGAGUCAACAAAACCAAAUGGAAACUCGUACAAUAGAAGAAAAUGAAAGAUCAGGUAACUUUACGUCCGAAAUUGUCGCUGAAGUGAAGAAAUUAGGAAGACAACAGAAUGCAGUUGUUACAGAAGUGCAGCAUUUGAAACGUUAUAAAGAAUCGGUAAUUUCUACAAAAGAAGAAAAAGAUAAUUUCACAGCAGAAGCUAAAGAUGAAUUGAAAACUUUGGAAUUACAGUUGAUUGGCUCUCGUGAUGAUAUUCAACUCUUGAAAAAUUUUCAAGCAUCAAUGACAUCAAAAAUUGAUUUGGCUGUCAAUAGAAUAUCUGCAAAUGAACAAAAAGUGUCUAUUAUCGACAAUAAGCUACAACAUUUAGAAGGAGAACAAACUUCGAUUCGUUCCGACACAAGCCAUGUAAAAAGUCGUCAGAACUCAAUAUCCUCAGACAUCAGUAGAGCUUUCAGUCGUCUUGAUACAAACGAGAAACACGUUGGUUUUACGGCUUGUGUUGGUGAGGAUGGUGGAUCAACAAGAUCAGCAGGUCAACCAAUACCAUUUGAAUUUAAACGGACGAGCUAUAAUGUUGAUUUGUCAAGUGUUACAAGCAAUGGAAAGUUCACAAUAACAACAAAUGGUUUAUAUCUUGUAUCGGCAUCGUUAAUAAGUUUUACAAACAAUGCAUUCUUUUCAAUAAAUGAUGGCUCGUAUAAAAUGGCAUAUGGAUUCACUGCUGAACAUGAUGGAAAGAACACAUAUGAUCACAGUGGUACAGUAGCAGUAGUGCGAUACUUUGUUAACGGUGACAUCAUAACCGUAGUCCCAUGGAAAACCAUGUACAUUGAUGCUUGGUCCUGUCUGACUGCUGUCAAAAUAAAAUAGAGACAAAUUAAGAAAAUACAUUUAGAAGAAAUGUUCAUUUAUUUUGGUAACAUCCUUUUGACGUUGCUCGUUAUUUAUACAUCCCACCAUUGUGUUAUUGUCCUGUGGUCUUUUUUUUAUUCUUGUCUUCUUUUUUUUU